AUGGCUAAUACUACAAAGACUAGGACUCAUUUGAUUGGUGGCUUUUUUGGUGGACUAACCUCUGCUGUUGCUUUGCAACCUUUAGAUCUGCUGAAGACUAGAAUACAACAGCAUCAGAGCCAAAGCAUCUGGUCAAUAGUGAAGAAUUCCAAAGGGUUCUCUGAGUUAUGGAGAGGUACUUUGCCAUCUGCUAUCAGAACUUCGUUAGGGAGUGCUUUAUAUUUAUCUUCACUUAAUCUGAUGAGAACUGCAAUUGCUAAAAGUAAGACUAACUAUAACGAUGGGGCAUCUAAGAGUAGUCUAUUACCAAAAUUAACCACAUAUGAAAAUUUAAUCAGUGGUGCAUUGGCUAGAGGUGCAGUUGGCUAUAUGACAAUGCCCGUGACAGUGAUAAAAGUAAGAUAUGAAUCUACUCUUUAUAGUUAUACAAGCUUAUCACAAGCGGUAAAGCAUAUUUAUCAAUCUGAAAGAAUCCCAGGGUUCUUCCGUGGAUUUGGUCCAACUUUAGUAAGAGAUGCCCCAUAUUCUGGUAUAUAUGUUUUAUUAUAUGAAAAAGCUAAAGAAGUUGUUCCAAAAUUAUUACCAAGAAAAUUUAUUAAAUUUGAUAAACAUGGAAGUUACCUGACUUCCACCUCAACACUUGUAAAUAGCACUAGUGCCAUACUUUCUGCCUGUUUGGCCACUACAAUUACUGCUCCAUUCGAUACCAUAAAGACAAGAAUGCAAUUAGAACCUAAAAGAUAUACAAACGUUUGGUUCACUUUCAAAUCGAUCAUCAAAAAUGAAGGUAUCCUCAAACUGUUCAGUGGGUUGAGUAUGAGACUAACAAGGAAAGCACUAAGUGCAGGUAUUGCAUGGGGGAUAUAUGAAGAAUUAAUAAAAUUGAACAAAUUUUAG